ACUAGGAAGCUCGGAUCGGCGUGGUGGAAAGAUGGUAGUCUGGUACUUGAUAUUUAUGAACUUGAUAUGACUGGACCUGGGGUUCCACCUUUACGAUGUGUAGCCGUAUUCCUAAACGAGAAGACUCAGACGGAGCCAGGGAACCACUGCUUGGGAAUUCGGGGUCCGUUUUUCAUGAGUCACCUGUAGAAGCAGAGGUUGUCACUGAAAGUGAAAGCAGCUUGUGUGAAUCUACGACAACAGCAUUUUCAUAUGAAGAUGCAAUCAAUGAAGCAGGUUUUGGAUUAUUUCAUGGAUGGUUACUGAUUGUCUGUGGUUGGGCUAAUGCAAGUGAUGCUAUUGAAAUACUCAGUGUGUCUUUCCUCCUUCCUGCUGCUCGUUGUGACCUGCAACUUACAUCAUCUGACAUGGGCUUCCUUAUAGCCAGCACCUUUUUAGGCAUGGCAAUUGGAGGUUAUGUUUGGGGAUAUCUGGCUGACAAAAAUGGACGUCAGAAAAUCCUGGCAUUCUCUUUGGCUAUAAAUGGAUUGUUUGCAGCAUUGUCCAGUUUGGCGACGACAUUUUGGCUAUUUCUACUAUUGAGGUUUAUCAGUGGUAUUGGAGUUGGCGGCUCUAUACCUGUCAUCUUCUCUUACUUCUCAGAGUUUCAGCCUCGUAAAAAGAGGGGAGUGAUGAUUAGCUGCUUAGCAACUUUUUGGAUGGUUGGAAACAUUCUUGUAGCAGGAUUGGCAUGGCUGGUUAUUCCUAGAACCUUUAUAAGAUUCCAGCUGGGGAAUUUGAACUUUGAGUCUUGGAGAGUAUUUGUGGGUCUCUGUUCUAUUCCUAGCCUAUCAUCUGGACUCCUUUUUGGUUUUGUUAUGCCAGAAAGUCCCAAGUACCUUAUGGAGGUUGGGAAUGAGACCGUAGCCAUCCAUGUAUUUCACAAGAUGUUUGUCUGUAAUCACAGAGGCAGCAUCAAGAAAUUUCCAAUAUGUAAACUAAACAUCAGUAACAAAAGAGCAGAAAAAUCAGCAGCAAAGGACAACCUGAAUGUAAAUACACUGUGUCAUAUAAUAAAACAGACCUUGGGUCCCUCAACAAAACUUUUUCGUGCUCCUUUGACAUCAAGAAGCAUCGUUUUGUUAAUUGUGUUUUUCUGCAUUUCAUUUGGAUAUUAUGGCCUGUGGAUGUGGUUACCAGAACUCUUUAAAAGGCAGGAUGAAGGAGACGUUUCCUGUUCAAUUACUUUUCACCAAACUGACACCCACCAAAUAAACAAUGAAAGCUGUUCUCCCCCAAAACGUACAGUGUUCACUGAAAGCCUUAUUAUAGCAGGUGCUAAUCUUCCUGGGAACAUAUUUUCAAUUUUCCUCAUGGAUGUGGUAGGAGGACGGAUACUCCUAGUUUUCAGUCUGCUCCUUUCAGGGCUCAGUGUGUUUUUUUUCUGGGCAGUGAAGACCAAAACACAGAGUCUAGUAAUGUCCUGCAUUUUUAGUGCCGUUUCUGUCGUUUCCUGGAAUGCCUUGGAUCUGAUUGGCACAGAGCUGUACCCUACACAACUCAGAUCCUGUGCCCUUGGCUUCUUUACUGGAGUUGGGAGGUUGGCAUCCAUUUUGGCAAACAUUGUUUUUGGACAGCUUGUGGACACCAACUGUGCAGUUACUCUUCUGCUGGUUGCAGCUAUGCUGUGCAUUGGGGGUCUGACUGCCAGCAAAUUACCUCAAACAAAACACGCUGAACUCAUGUGAGACUUGCUUAAGAGACAACUUCUACAUACAUUUUAG